GUGGAUUUGGCAAGCAGUGGGGAUGAGGUGGACGAGGUGGAGGAGGAGGAGGGGGUCGCUGAGGCGGCCCACGGGUCAGGACAGCAGCAGCAGCAGCAGCAGCAGAAGCCACCAGAGGGGGCGGGGUCCACUGCUCCGGCAGCAGCAGCAGCAGCAGCAGCGGCCAAAGCGGACGGCACCACUACUGCCUCCGCCUCGCUUCGCUCCCUGCUGGAGGAACUGGGGUUGUGGGGCGGAGCGGAGGGCGAGGGCGGUGAAGAAGGCAGCAACGCUGCUGCUGGUUCUUCUGGCCCCCCUCCCCCUGCUCCCGCUCCCCCUCCUGCCCUGACCCCCGCUGACGUGGCGCGGCUGCGGGCCGCGGGGUGCGCCCCCGUGUUGGUGGUGGUGCGGGAGCUGCAUGCAGCCCGCCUGCUGGAGAGGGUGCUGAGGGAAGGCGGUCGGUGUGUGCUGCGGGACCUGUACGAGGCCUACCUGCUCAGCAAGCUGCAACCGGGGGGAGGAGGGGGGGGAGCGGGGAGGCCAGCACGGGGAGGAGGGGGAGAAGGGGGAGCGGAGGGAGGAGGAGGAGGAGCAGGCAGGGGCCGCGGUGGCC